CAACGUCGUGAAGGCGGCCAUGAACGAGGUGUACACCUGCUCUCAAGGAAAUAUGCCAACUCGAGACUGGACAACCAAGUGGCAGAAGAUAGUGACCACGCCAGGAUUCGAUUUGAGUUUUCCAAAUCAACGAUCCGAGUUCUUCUCGCGAUCGUGCGCGGGACUGCGGUCUGCACUCGGCAACGAGUACGACUAUGACACGUUCCAGGCCAUUCUGGAUCGUGCGAACUUAGUCAUCCAAACGGAUGACAAGGCCGAAAACGAACGGCAGUCCCAGCCGCAUUAUGUGGCUAAGCAGGGCUAUCAGCGUCCGACACAUAACAAUGCCGUGAUUUCUGAAGAAACAGACGAUCUCCACGCUGCAGCAGCAUCCUCGAGUGAUGGAGGAAUUGUAGCAGCGCUCCCGCCGAAGCGUCCCAAGAGAGUUCGAAAGAACAAGGCGACACAAGAGACAGCAUCGACAGGAACUGGGCAGCAGCCAUGGACGGCUUACAAGAUAAGCAAGGAUGUCUAUGACCUUCGUCAAAAGUACGGAUACUGCCUCUGGUGCAACGACGUCACUCAUGUGACCGCACAAUACCCCGAAAAGGGCAAGGCACGCGUACCUCGGGAAUUACGAAGCACUCCUCGCACUCCUGCUACCCCGUCUUUCUAUCACUCAGCAGUGCUCAAGCAUGGCAACCAACAUGGUUGCAAUCAAGGAGGAGGAGGGAUGAGAGCAGAAAAUCUGAGAGAAAGUAGCAGUAGUAGUUGUUGGGUGCAUGCGGCCGAGUGGUCGGCGCGUGUUGGUUGGCCUGAGAAGGCUUGUAACUCCUCAGGGCUCCUCUCUAGAGGCAUCGCUCGGUGUGGCGAAGUCGGGGUGUCGUCACGAUGGCGUCGUGCCACUAAGCCAUUGCUGUCUGGAUCCCAAUGUCAAUCCCGAUUUGCGGGAACGGCACAGGUUGCUGUUGUCGCGAUGAGCGAUCCGAGGGUCGAUAGCACUCCUGGUCGCACGAUGAAUGAGCUGAGAGCGGCUGCUGCCAGUCCGGCGGUUGGGGCCAUGCCCCUGCUUGAGUAUCAGGCACCCCUUGAAGUUGUUAUUUAUCCCGAUCCCCGUUUAAGGGCUAGAAAUGCAGCAGUAUCUGUUUUUGAUGCUAGGCUGGAGGAGUUUGCUCAUGCCAUGUUUGAGGCUAUGUAUAAGUAUGAUGGAGUAGGUCUGUCUGCUCCUCAAGUCGGCGUCAAUCUUCAGUUCAUGGUGUUUAACCCAGUGGGUGAGAGAGGGAAGGGACAGGAGUACGUUUUGGUGAAUCCGAAGAUCGUCAAGAAGAGCAAGAAAAAAGAUGUUUUUGAGGAGAGUUGUUUGUCAUUUCCCCAGAUUUAUGCCGACGUAGAAAGACCCGUAGGCGUCAAGAUCGACGCUUUGGACGUCAAAGGAAACCCUUUUCAUCUGGAGCUGAAGGGGUGGCCUUCGCGCAUCUUUCAACACGAGUACGAUCAUCUUGAUGGUGUGCUUUUCUUCGAUAGAAUGAGUCCUUCCGUGCUGACAAGCGUGCGCCCAAUGCUGGAGCAACUAGAGCUGGAAUACGCAAAACAGCAACAAAAUGAACGACAAUCAUCAUAGAACGACAAAACGACUGCCUCGUAGCAGUGCAGUUAAAG